AUGGAACGAGGCUCAGUGGACCCCCAAAAGACAACCAAAAUGGCCCAAGAAACCAUGGGCCAAGCCACCGAGCAAGCUUCAAGCACAGCCUCGGGCAUGACCGACACCGUCGCGGGCGCCGCCAAGCCCGUCACCUCGACGCUCGGCAACACGCUCGGCGGCGUGGCUAACACCCUCGGCGGCACCGUGGGCGCGGCUACUCGGGGUCUGGGGGAGACGGUCAAUAGCGCGCUUCCGGGCGGUAUGGGAAGGCCCGUGGGGGAUGCGGUGUCGAAUAUUGGGAGUGGAGUGGAGAGGGGCGUGAAGGAGGUGGGGAGGGGGGUGAAGGAUGCGGGGGAGAUGAAGAGGAGUGAGGAGUGA